AUGAUCCCGGGUAUGGGUAUGGCUACACCGAUGGGCCUAGCAGCUGCCCAGGCGCCCUUUCACCCUAUGGCCGCAGUGGCUGCAGCUGCUGCCGUAGGAAUGGGCGCUAAACCGGAAGAGAAAAACGAUGAUCGUAAUUCCAGUCGAACCUCACGACCUCGUUCCAGCACUCCGGAAACAAGUCAGAAACGGCCAAAGGUUGAAUCGGAGGAUGGUGAUGUUGAGCUGGAGAUUGACGUGCAGAACGAUGAUCCAUCCAUAACAAACGGUGUGAAUUUGAAGAAGGAUGGACGUGACAGUACGCAGUCUGUUUCGUCCAGUGAUUCGAUACCGGGCAAAGCUCGAAUCCCGAAUGCACUGGCAUCGGCCGAUAUGAACGCAAUGGCAUCGAUGGCUGCCGCCUCGACGAUGCUUGCCAAUCCAGCGCUGGCUUCGUUCGCUGGGCGAGCAGCGUUGCCGGGAAUGCUCGACCCGCAUGCGCAGGCUCGUUUCAUGGCCGGAAUGAGUCAGGCUGGCGCAAUGCCAAACGGGAAGCCAGCCUAUAGCUACAAAACAACCGAAAGUGGCCAGCUUCAGCCGGUAACAUUCCCACAUGAUGCUCUGAUGGGCCCGGGAAUUCCACGAAUAGCCCGAAAGGUGCACGAUCUGCAGCAUGGUGAAGUGGUCUGUGCGGUAACAAUCUCACAUCAAAAUCGACAUGUCUAUACUGGUGCGCUGGCUUCGUUCGCUGGGCGAGCAGCGUUGCCGGGAAUGCUCGACCCACAUGCGCAGGCUCGUUUCAUGGCCGGAAUGAGUCAGGCUGGCGCGAUGCCAAACGGAAAGCCAGCCUAUAGCUACAAAACAACCGAAAGUGGCCAGCUGCAGCCGGUAACAUUCCCACAUGAUGCUCUGAUGGGCCCCGGAAUUCCACGAAUAGCCCGAAAGGUGCACGAUCUGCAGCAUGGUGAAGUGGUCUGUGCAGUUUGGGAUAUUUCACGGGCCGAAACAUCCAAGAAUGCGAUCUCAACAUUAGAGUGCCUGAAGGACAAUUACAUACGCUCGUGCAAAUUGUUCAACGACGGUUCCACACUGAUUACCGAAAAAGUGAAAAUCGAAUUGGACAGUGAAGCGCAAGCAUGCUAUGCGCUGGCAAUUUCGCACGACAACAAGCUGUGCUUCUCGUGCUCGGCUGAUGGAAAAAUUCUUAUCUGGGAUCUCGACAGUAAGAAAAUGUUCAAGUGGCAGCAGCAAAAAUCCGUCUGGUUUGCAAUGGAUGCGAAGAGUACAAUGCGAAGAGUCAAAGAUGGUAGUAACAUAGUUGUGAGUGAUGCAUUACGAUUAUGGAGUGGUGGUUUGGAUAAUACGGUCCGCUCCUGGGAUUUACGUGAACGUGUCCAGUUGCAGCAGCAUGAUUUCCAGUCACAGAUCUUCUCGCUUGGUUGCUGUCCAUGUGAUGAUUGGGUUGCCGUAGGUAUGGAGAAUAGCAACGUGGAAGUGCUGCAUGUUAAUAAAGCAGACAGGUUUGUACUUUUGUGGCGUAAUUCAUGA